GAGGGGGGAGAUUGUUUUGCUCUGUCUCACUUAUGGGAAGUGAGGGAUGAACUGAGACCUACAGCUGCCCUGCUGCACCGGGACACGGGGCAAUAAGCUUUACUGGGGGCAGAUCUAAUGUAGAAAGGGCAGGCAAGGGGUAUAUAUCCGGCAAGGGCAGAACAGACAAAACAUAUAUCCUGGGAAGGGGUAGAAGAGACAGGGGGUAAUUCCCAGGCAGGGGAUAGAAGAGACGGGGUAAUUCCCAGGCAGGGGGUAGAAGAGACAGGGGACAGAUCUCAGACAAGGGGCAGCUGGGAGAAGCAGCAGACGGGGGCAGUUAGGGGCAGAGGAGCAGGGGCCCAGGACUGAAGGCUCAAGCAGACACAGUAGCGGCCGGGCCCCUGUCACACGUCCAGUGAGAGCCCCCAGCGAUGUCUCAUGAUACAGGCUGUGAGACCCCCGCACUGCGCAGCCCCUCACAGCACACAGUCUAUGUACUGGUGGGCUCCAGCGCUGACAGCAUCCAGCUGCUCAGUCUCAGCCCAAUUCUCCCAGAAUCUGGAAUUGUUCCUGACAUUGAGGUGGAACGCGCCAUUGAGCCCAGUGAGAACCAGUUCUACCAGUUAAAGAGCCAACCCAUUCCCAGCAGUCAGACCCCCAGUGAGACGCCACUCGUGCCCCUUCAGACCCCGGGCGCCAUGAGUUCCCGCGUGUUGCUACGGCAGCAGCUGAUGAGGGCACAGGCCCAGGAGCAGGAGCGCAGGGAGCAGGAGCAACAAGCCGCCCAGAUCCUGGCAGAGCGGGGCAACCUCGUCCCACCCUCACCCGCCAUCAAUGUUACCCCCAACACUCGCCCCACCCCCGCCCAAGUUCCGCUGGAGGUCUUAAAGGUACAAACUCACCUUGAGAACCCGACCAGGUACCACAUCCAGCAGUCCCAGCGGCAGCAGGUCAAACAGUAUCUCUCUACCACCCUGGGUGCCAAGGUGCCCAUGAACGCUUCUGCCCCCGGCACGGCUGCCCCAGGGAGCUCCCCAAAGCCUGAAGUGGCCCCCCAAGUCUCGGCCAGCAGCGCCCCCAACAGCCCAUUGGCCAUGCUGAAAAUUGGCUCCAGUUUGGAGAAAGAGAUUGAUGAUGUCAUUGAUGAGAUAAUAAGUUUGGAAUCGAGUUUCAAUGAUGAAAUGAUGGGAUUUGUGGAACGAUCUCACUUACCCAGUACACUCCCUGUUGCUGGGAAUCUCCUGGACGUUUAUUGUGGCGCCAGUUUGGCGACUCCGGCAAUAACCGUGAGCAACUCGUGCCCCGCUGAGCUCCCCAACAUAAAGACGGAAUAUACAGAUGUGGAGGCCAAGGCAAUGAUAAAGGAGCGGCAGAAGAAGGACAACCACAAUCUGAUUGAACGGCGCCGGAGAUUUAACAUUAAUGACAGAAUCAAGGAGCUGGGAUCCCUGAUCCCCAAGUCUAGUGACCCGGAGCUGCGCUGGAACAAGGGGACCAUCCUGAAGGCGUCGGUGGAAUAUAUCCGGAAGCUGCAGAAGGAGCAGCAGAGGGUGCGGGAGCUGGAGGGCCGGCAGCACAGACUGGAGCACAUGAACCAAAGCCUAAUGCUGCGCAUACAGGAACUGGAAAUGCAGGCCCAGCUCCACGGUAUUAGUGCCGCCCCCCCCGCCUGUAACCCCACGAACACUCUGAAGGGGGCGCCCCCCGCCAUGGCGAUGCCAGCCUUCCAGUCAGCCCAGCGGCCGGACCCCACUACUCUGGACCUGGGGACCCUCCACUUCACUGACCCCCUGAGUGACCUGGUCGACCAAGACCUGAACUUCCACCUGAGUCUGACCGGGGACUCGGCCAUCGCUGACAUUCUAAUGGACGAUGCCCUUUCCCCACUGGGGGGCGCCGACCCGCUCCUCUCCUCCGUCUCCCCUCAAGCAUCAAAGACAAGCAGCCGCCACAGCAGCUUCAGCAUGGAGGACGACUCCUGACCUGGCUCCGCCCAGGGAAAGCUGGCUCCGCCCAGGGAAAGCGGCCCCCCAAUACUGCACCCCAUAAA